AUUCGUUGAAAAACUCAAAAACUCCACCGGACAAUGACGGUAUUAACGAGCAAGGCCGCCAAAUUUCUUGUCAGAAAACAAGUGUUUUCGGUCAGGUGAGUCCGAGGUGUCCCAACGCCUCGUCGAUGCCGCUCACGCUGACGACGUCAAAUCGGCAUUGGAGUGCAUUGAGAACCCAUUCAUUGAUGUUAACUAACAUUGGAACUGUGAACUUGAAGGCCAGGAAGACAGAGAUACUGUUGAAAGAUGAGUGUGCGAACGAUGCUCGUUUUGAGUUCGAGAAGUUCAUGACGGAGAUCGCCGCUUUGAUAUUGUUGGAAUAUAAU